AUGUGGAAACUCGUUUCAAAAGUGUCCGGUAUGUCCUACCCGGUCAUGGUAUUCUUCCACGGUGGAAACUUUCAAACCGGCUCGGCCAACGAAUGGCCUGCUCAUGGUUUAGCGUCUCGUGGUAUGGUCGUGGUCACAGUGAACUAUCGUCUUGGUGCGCUAGGGUUCAUGAGUCUCGGUGAUUCCCAAUCUGGAAACUAUGGUCUCAUGGAUCAACGGCUUGCGUUGCAAUGGAUCCGGGACCAUAUUCCAGCGUUUGGAGGUGAUCCACAAGCCGUAACUAUUGUUGGCCAUGACGCAGGAGGUGUUUCAGUGGGAAUGCAUAUGCUUUCGCCCUUGUCUAAAUCUUUGUUCCGUUCUGCGGCUUCAAUGUCCGGUGCAGAAGUUUCGUAUCAUUCAUAUAUUGGUAAGCCAGCUCUCGCUUUCAAUAACACUAUCAAACUGGGCCGAUAUCUUGGAUGCACUCAGUCCGUCGCAUAUGACGUUUGGAACUGUAUUUUAUCACGUUCAACGAAUGACAUUGUCCGUGCCACGACGGAUAUUCCCAUAGAAUAUAAUCGCUACCUGUUCCUCCCCACUGUUGACGGCGUGAACAUUCCGGGAAAUCCCCUGUGGAUCCUGAAUAAUGCUCCGACUGGCCUUGCAGCUAUACCAAGUGCGGUGCCUUUACUGAUUGGAAUGAAUGCACAGGAUGGCACAGAGGUUAUCCUCGAAGACAGACUUCUUGGCGAGUUUAAUGACUUCAACAAUGUGGAUCAGGAGUAUUUUCGAAGUUAUGCACUGGAGUAUGCAUUCCGGCACAACUAUACGAUGAAUCGUGAAGCGAUUGUGGAAGCCAUUAUCGAUCGAUACACCUUCUGGCCAGAUCCAGCGGACGAGUGGGCCGUUCGUAACUCAUUUAUCCACUUCGCUACUGAUGCCUAUUAUACUGCUCCUGUAAGCCUUUCCGCUCAUCUUCACUCAGCAGCGGGUUCACGUACAUUUAUGUACGUGAAUAAUUAUAAUUUGUCGAGGACUGGCUUCAUACCAGGAUGGAUGGGGUCCUGCAGGGAAUGCGAUUUGUACUUGUUGUUCGGUUAUCCGUUUUUGCCUGACGAUCUCCGCCCUUAUCAUUUGCGAGGGGUAAAUUUCACGGAUAUGGAUCGGAAUGCGAGUCAACUUUUCUCGAACAUAUUCCGGCGUUUUGUUUAUCAUCAAAAUCCAAAUUUCCUUUAUGACGGGUCCUGGUCUGCUCUUGAACCGAGGCGUCAUUGGUAUAUGAACUUUAAUUACUCUCACUGGUCUGAAAUGUCUAUUCCUGGAAAGUUGGAACGGGAUUACCGGUACGAAGAAGUCGCCUUUUGGAACGAGUACAUACCAGCUUUAGUAAACUACAUGACAACGACUUUUCCUCCCUCAGAGGUCUCAGUUAGGCGACAAUUAAUGGUCUUUCAAUGGGUCGUUGCUGUUGUGGUCGCAUUUUUGUUGUUAUUUAUUGUAUUAACGGGUGGCUUUGCGUAUCAAGUUUGUGAACGGUCUCAAAGUCCGAAUGAUAUCAAAGAAUCUCAUCGCCUAGUUGAACAUGUGGAUAACUUCAACUCUGCUAGUUCCUCCAUUCAUGAACCUCAUUUUCAUCGUAUCAUUGGGAUAAUGGCACCGCCAAAGACUGUGAAGAAGGGCAAGGUAUCGAAGGCACUUGAUGCCAAGAAGAAGGUGGUCAAGGGACAGAAGACGUUGCAGAAGAAGAAGGUGCGUACAUCUGUACACUUCCGUCGGCCGAAAACCCUAAAGACGCCAAGGGUUCCUAAAUAUCCUCGUAAAUCCGCUCCAGCACGAUGCAAGCUCGAUUCGUUCACUAUUAUCAAGCACCCACUGACAACUGAGUCUGCUAUGAAGAAGAUCGAAGACCACAAUACGCUUGUCUUCAUCGUUGAUGUACGAGCGAACAAGCAUCAAAUUCGGACAGCUGUGAAGAAGUUGUACAAUAUUGAGGUGCAAAAGGUAGGUAGUAUAAGUAUAGUACUUUAUAGCAUAUGUAGUAUUAUAUUUUUGUUGAAAUGUAGUUGGAGGGGCUACUUGUUUUUGCCCCCUUGUCGGCGGACUCUCAUGAUCAGUGCAACAGUAUCCUUGAUCAUUUCCUCCUCCAUUCCGACUUUUUGGGAGAAUCAGUUUUUUGAUCACCCAGGCUCUAACUUUUGCUGGUCCCUUUUUUGUAUUACAGGGUUGGCCAUAAAUAUAGCGACAAGGUUUUCACUUUAUAUCUCAGAAAGCAAAAGUGCAAACGAGUCAUGA